AUGCUGAGCCUGUUCAUCUUAUCAAACAAGAUGGCUGAAGCAACUGUUGAUGUCCCCCAGACCUCCCAAUCUUUCUAUUGUCACCAGUGUGAUGCAAAUAUCAACCAUGUCUUGCCUGAUUUCCUGUGUCCCCAAUGUAAGAGUGGGUUCGUCGAGGAAUUGGAGAACAAUGUGUCUGGGAGGGUGAGCUCUGAUGAGUCCAAUGAUGUGCCUCCCAUGCGUGCUGGGUUUCUCUUUGAGCCCUUGACUGCACUACAGGCGCUCCAAGAAGUCCUGGAUCCAGGAACGAUGUCCGGAGGAGGCGGAGGUGGCAGUGGGGUAGGGCAAGGUAGGAGGGAUGGAACAAGGAGGGCAAGGCAGAGGGGACAAGGUAGAUCCUCCCCUCCAACUCAAACCAAUCCCCCCCAAGUUAACUCGUACCCUCACACCCCCGUGGGUGUUGAGAUGUUGCUGCUGGAUGAUGAAGACAAUUUGCCUGUUCCCCCUCCCAUCACCCCUAUCCAACCCCAGAACCCUUCAUCUUCAAGACCCUUACCUGUCACACCUAGAGUCACAAGGGUUGUCCACACUGACGUAGGACAAGGGGGGCUGACUUUGUAUGAGCGAUCCAAUGGACCUGGGGGGAGGCAGCAGAUCACGUUCCAUCGCACCAUCCGUCCUCGCGGACAGACCGUUGGAGUUGUACCGAAUGGUGGAGGUGGAGUCGAAGUGGGUGCAAUGUUCCAGGACUUCAUCAACAUCCUCAUUGGGGGCGGGAUGCACGACAAUAAUCACAUGCCCAUAUUUGUAAAUAUGCAAAAUGCGGGAAACCUGGGAGACUAUGCUUGGGGUCGUCGUGGCCUAGAUGAUAUCAUCACACAGCUUCUGAAUCAGAUUGAGGGGACUGGACCCCCUCCACUUCCACAGGAGCAGAUCAGUGUGAUCCCCACGGUUUCCAUCACCCAGCAGCAAGUUGAGAAUCACUUGCAGUGCUCUGUAUGCAUGGAGGACUUCAAAGUGAGUGAAUCUGUACGAAGACUGACAUGUGAGCAUCACUUUCAUGACAACUGCAUUGUUCCCUGGCUCCAACUACAUGGGACUUGUCCCAUUUGCCGAAAGUCCUUAGACGAGAAUGGAACCAGGUCAAGUUCCACGGGUGGGGGUCAACCGCCGCCAUCUGGACCUGUGACCAGAAGUCAGGCAGCCCAACAACAGCAACAACAGGGUGCCAGCAGAGGGAGAGGUGAAGUUCCGAGUGGGUCUAGUCAUCACUCAGGUCGAAGUGGCCAGCCUGGACCAUCGGGAAGCACUUCCUCUGGGGGGCAUACGGGAGUGAUACGGCCAGGGCCUUUCUACCUAAUCUACAGUCGAAGCAAUACGCCGAACCGCCGCACUGGUGGAACUGCUGAAGAACGCAACCGCGAUCGUAGUCGAAGCCCUCCACCGUCUGUUGCUCGACAAAUCCUGAAGUAUUGA